AUGGGUGACGCACGCCUCAGACGCAUCAACAAGGAGAUCAACGAUUGCAAGAAUGACAAGGCGUCAGGAAUCCAGGUCUCGUUGAUAGAUGACUCGCCGUUCCACCUGGUCGGCACUUUCCCAGGGCCAGAGAACUCUCCAUACGAGAAAGGUACCUUCGAUGUGGACAUUGUUGUUCCCGAAGGCUACCCGUUCCAGCCUAUCAAGAUGAAGUUCAUCACGCGCGUCUACCACCCAAACAUCUCGUCGCAGUCCGGCGCCAUCUGCCUCGACAUCCUCAAGGACCAGUGGUCGCCGGUGCUCACGCUCAAAUCGACGCUCAUGUCCCUCCGCUCGCUGCUCUGCUCGCCAGAACCCAACGAUCCGCAGGAUGCCGAGGUCGCCAAACACUAUCGACGAGACAAGGAUGACUUUGAAAAGACCGCAAGGUACUGGACCGAGAUCUACGCCAACGGCUCCGAGUCUGCGCAACCGCCAUCGGGCGCCAAUGGCAAGACAGCACAAGCCGACGACAAGGCCGAUCCCAUCCUACUUGCUGGUCUCAAAAAGGAGCACGUUGAUCAGUUUGUCAACAUGGGCUUCGAGAGCAGCAAAGUCAUCGAGGUGCUCAAGAAGCUCAACUACCGCGGCGCAAACAUCCGCAACAUCAACGACGACACGGUGCUCAACGAGCUGCUCAAAUGA